AAAAAACCCAAAAAAAAAACAACGCAGUUGCGGUUGAAACAAACCAAAUGAAGCUGAAAAGAGUAAGGUACUCCUCUUGUAGAGAACCACCGCUAAGGUCGGAGUCUCUUUGUGAGCUGAUGCUAUUUCUGAUUGAUUUAUCAAUGGUUCGUGUGAGAGGAUUGGGUGAUGGCCUUGGUGGUAUCGUCUCCCAUUCUUUUUCCUCCACACAUGAUAGAUCAUGGCUUAGAACAAUAACCGCAUAG